AAAUAAAUGGAAGCUAUCGCACGUGGAUCGCGGUAACCUAUAAACUGUACGCUGAGGCACGUGGACGAUAUUUACGAAAGUUAUUCGGUAAAAUUAGUUGUCGUUCGUGGAUAAAAUGGAUCUAUCGCCGGUUAAAAUGGAAGUUGACGACAGCAUGAAGGAAGGAGACGGCGGCGAUAACGUGGGAAGCAGUUACGAGGAAAAAUUGAAGUACACAAAUCAAAUAGCCAAACCCAUGGCUUCGAAGAAAUUAUGUAAAAAGAUUUACAAAUGCAUCAAAAAAGCUGCCAAGCAAAAAUCUUACCUUCGGAAUGGUUUGAAAGAUGUACAGAAGCAUCUUCGCAAGGGAGAAGAAGGGCUGGUCAUAUUUGCCGGAGAUGUGUUCCCCUUGGAGAUCAUGUGUCAUUUGCCAAUUGUGUGCGAGGACAAGAAUAUUCCCUAUUGUUACACACCUUCUAGGCAAGAUAUCGGUAGUGCCAUGGGUGUCAAAAGAGGUAGUCUCAUGGUGCUUAUCAAAGAGCACUCAGAGUACAAGGAACUCUAUGAUGAACUCAAGACGGCACUGGUCACAUUGUCAGCCCCACUAUAGGUUUACAUACUUGAUCAUUUUAUAAAUUGGAUGAACAAAUUUAUCGGCGUAUAAUUUGUUAGGUGCAUCAUUUUAUACUAAUAUCCUCUGUCAAACGAUUUCACAAGUCGUCCAUGAUAUUUAGUACAACUAAAGACGAAUAAAGUUGUUCCCAUCGGGUGCGAGAGAACGUUUUAUACAAAGGG